AUGCAGUUCAUUGACUUCUUGUGGCAUCACGCGGAGGUCUUCGCCUGGUCUUACGAUGAUAUUGCCAGCAUAUCACCUGACAUCAUCAGCCACAAGCUCAGCAUGUCUCCCGUCUAUAAACUAGUCAGACAGAAGCGUCGUUCGUAUGAUGCCGAACGGUAUGAGGCUAUGCGUACCGAAGUUGACAAGCUUAAAGCCAUCGACUUUAUCAGGGAGGCUACGUACCCUGUCUAG